GCCUCUCGCCGCCUCUGCCUCGCUUCGCCCCGCCUCUUCUCCUCUCUCUCGCCUCCCCCUCUUCUUCCGCUCUCCCUCGCAAUUCCCCGCGGCGGAGGAGCAGAUGCCUCGUGCGGACCCAAGAUUCCGAUACCGUUGCUUCCGACGGUGAUCCCAAGCCCCAGAAUGGCAAUCUGGUAGCGGAGAACCUGGCACAACUCAUGUAUAGUGUUAUGAUGACUGGUUACAUGUUUGGGAAUGCACAAUACUGAUUGGAGUUGCAGCAAAGCCUGGAGCAUAUUGCCCUUCCUGAUCCAGAAGAAAAAAUGAGGUUCCAGAUUUUGCACUUGGGACACAGAAAAAGGUGGCUGGAGAAGUUAUUAGGUGGAACAAGAUCACUGGCCCUGAAAAAAUGGAUGCAGUGAAAUUCAUAGAAUAUCUUGAAGCAGAAAUCGAGGAACUGAAUCGGCAAGUAGCAAGGAAGUUGUUAAAUGGACAUAAUGAACUUUUGGAAUAUCUAAAGACCCUAGAGCCCCAGAAUUUAAAGACUUCCGUGACUGAAACAAGUGCUCCUGAACUUGCCAAUCUGCUUUUUUGGCUAAUGGUAGUUGGCUAUAGCAGUCACAAUAUUGAAGUUUUCUUUGACAUGGAAAGAAUCUUCGGUGCACCACCUGGAAAGAAUGUCUGAAGAUGCAGUAAAUUGAGAGAAUCCAACCUUGUAACAUUCCAUGGUAGCCAAUCCCAAACCUCCGAGGCAUUUGAAAGUCUAAUGCAUAGUCUAUCUUAACUUUUGAAGAAGAAGAGAACUAGGGAGGUUUCAUGAUUUGGAUCCUUGAAGAACUGAGGACAGAUCAUUUCAGGUCUUUUCUUCAUUCAUUCUGGUGGAGUGCAAAUGAAUUUGAGACAUGCAAUAAUGCUGGAUCUAAAGUCUGCAGAGACAUUAUCUAUGGAAGGAUAUUUUACAUCCAAAUUUUUUUUACAUUAUCUUCUUUUCUUGGGAGUAAAAGAAGGGUGAGGUGAGAGUGCUCUACGACAACGCCCUAGGGAUGGUGGUAGCAAUGAGGGUCUUUACGGGUUGUAUGAUGAUGACAAGGACAAUGAAGGUACAAAGUCGAUGGGUAACAUAUAGCGAGUGAUAAAGGUGAUGAUCGACGGGAUAGAGGUUAAGAUUAAUUUUAUUUUUUUUAAAGAAAGGAUAUUAUGUGGUCUUAAAGUAAAGUUGAAGAUGUUUGAAGGGGAAAAAAAAGAAACUUUAGUUUGUUUUUUCGAAUUUGCCCUUUAGAUUAUUCAGGCACAAACUCAGUUGGUAAAGCCUCGACCGAGUGCACAGGGGUUGUUGAUGAACGGCUUGGAUCAAUUGCCAGCCUAUCUUAAAACAACGUUGGAAUUAUGAUAGGAUUCGGAUUCCGAUACUAUUUCAAUCCGAUCCGCUAAUUCCCGGAGUAAUAAAGGAAACAAGCGUGGGAGGAAUAGUCGAUUGACGACCGACCGCCCCAACGUGAGAAACCCUCGCCUCCCAAGGAAGAAAAAGAAAAGGGCGCGAUCGGCUGAAGUACCCCGUUGGCGAUGGCCCCUCAUCCUCCUCCGUCGGCGACGGCGGCCGCCCAGCACGUGCAGCAGUUCCUGACGACGGCCCUGUCGCAGCGGGGCCCGGCGGCGCUGCCCUACUCGGAGGACGUGAAGUGGCAUAUACGGCAGCACCUGGUGGCGCUGGCGGAGGCCUUCUCCUCCCUCCGCCCUCGCACAGCCACCUUCACCCAUAACGACGGCCGUUCCGCCCAUCUCCUUCAGGCGGAGGGAACCAUCCCGAUCUCCUUCCGCGGCGCCGUGUACCACCUCCCGGCCUCCGUUUGGCUCCUCGAGUCCUACCCCCGACGCCCCCCUGCCGUCUACCUCACCCCCACCCGCGACAUGCUCGUGAAGCCUGGUCACCCCCUCGUAGAUCCCUCCGGGCUCGUCCGCGAGGAUGCCGCCCCCUACCUCCGCUCGUGGGUCUUCCCCGCCUCCAACCUCGUUGACCUCGUCCGAUCGCUCUCUCACCUCUUCGGCCUCGAUCCCCCUCUGUACACCCGCCCCAACCACGCUACAACUUCUCCUUCCCCCUCCCUCUCUCCCUCCCCUUCUCCCUUGCCCUCCUCCUCCUUCUCGUCCCCGUAUGGCGUUGGCGUUGGUAGCCCUUCACGAUUCCCCCCGCCCCCGUCGUCACAGACCUAUCCACACUUGCGGCCCACCGAGGACCCCGCCGAGGUCUUCCGCCGCAACGCUGUUGCCAAGAUCUUGGAUGCCGUCCAUACGGACAUGGGUGCAAUGCGCCGUGCUCAGGAGGCUGAGAUGGAGGGCCUCUUCUCCACCCAGGCCGAGCUACGGCGGCGUGAAGAGGAACUUACCCACGGGCUCCGUGAGAUGGUCGAGGAGAAGGAGGGCCUUGAGCAGCAGCUGCAACUCGUCCUCAUGAACACGGAUUUGCUUGAGGGGUGGGCGAGAGAGAAUGAGGGGCUGUGUCGGCGGUGCCAUGAUGGGGUUGAUGUGGAUGAUGUCUUUGAGCCAGUUGAUGCCUUGUCGAGGCAGAUGCAAGAGUGCACGGCAGCCGACCUGGCAACUGAGGACACCAUCUAUGCGCUGGACAAAGCUGUGCAAGAGGGAGCAAUACCAUUUGACUCGUAUCUGAAAAACAUAAGGGCAUUGUCAAGGGAGCAGUUCUUCCACCGGGCGUUGGCAGCCAAGGUUCGUGCUACACUUGUGCAGGCCCAGGUUACAAGCAUGGCUGCACGAGUGCCACACUAUGCUUCCUAGUGGAGGUGGGUUCUAUAGGUUAAAGAUCAAACUAGGAUAUCAGUUUUUUCUUCAUCUUCUUGUCACAGGUGUUGUCUUAAAGAGUUUGUGGUCUUUGGUUGUCUUCAGUGCAGUGAUAUGGAUAUUCCUGAUGGUGAGUUGCAUUUCCUUUCCCCCCCCCCCCUCCCCUUCCCUUCCACAGACAGAGAAACGUCACCCUGGUCGACUUAUCAUUCCAAAAACUUUACAAUGCCAAUUUGGAGAUCCAUAUCAGAGUUGGUUGAUGAGUUGCCUCUUCGCAAAUAAUGUCGAUUUUGGUGUUAUGCAUUGUAGCAAAACAAACGGAUGUCUGAUACUUACUCUCAAUUUUAUGUAAAAUUAAACUUAUUGGCUAUCGAUCUUUUUCUAGACUAAUAUUCUUCUGCAAGUGUUAUAUUAAACUGCAUAUAAGAUACUCUUGCACGAAUUCAAGCC